AUGGCUAUGGCUGCUGCCCGUUUAUUAAUGCGAACUGCAACUGCUAAUCGUAAUCCAGUUUUUCGAUUAAUGUCAGCACGUACACAAGCUACAUCAGCUACACCAGCUCCAGCUUCAGGUUCAGCAGCAGAUAUGGUUUUUACAUUUGCUGCACCAAACGAAGUUUUUUAUAAUCAAGCAAAAAAUGUACGGCAAGUUGAUAUUCCCACCAUGAGUGGUAAUAUGGGUAUUCUCGCUCAUCACGUACCAAUUCUUGGUGUUCUUAAACCAGGUGUCGUCUCAGUAUUUGAACAAGAUGGAAAUACCAAAAGAUUUUUCGUAAGUAGUGGUUCAAUUGCUGUUCAUCCAGAUUCAAGUGUUCAAUUAUUAGCCGAAGAAGCAACACUAGUUGAAAAUCUUGAUCCCAAAUUAGCCCAAGAUGCUUUAUCUGAAGCACAACGUCGAUUAGGAUCAGCUAAAGAUGACAAACAAAAAGCCGAAGCUCAAAUUGAACUUGAAUGUGCUGAAGCUGCCAUCAAAGCAACCUCUGGUGUUUUUCAAUAA